GAGUCGUCAGUGAGCUCACGCACCUCGUGCCCGAGACCAGCCUGUCAAAGACCCACGGGAAAAGCCAAAAAUGGCGUUUCAACGAUAAUAAACCAAACCCACCGUGUUUACACACAUUUUGCAAUUGUCGCAAUAAUUAUUAUAUUCAAUUUUAUAAUUUAAUAAUAACUCCUUCUCUUGUUUUGUUAAUUUUUUUUUUUUUAAUCACAUCAAACACUUGCUGACACUGCUAUUAACACGGGAAUAAAGUUUGUUAAACAAUUUCAUAUUUCACAUUAUACUUCGAUACAAUUUCUUUUUCGAAAUAAUAAACUUUCCCGUGGAAAAAAAAAAAACAUCUACUCAGAAAAAAAAAGAGGAUCUUUUAAUUGCCUCUCUAUUUACACAACUAGUGUAUGCAAAAUAUUUACAAUUUAUUAUUGUAAAUUAAAAGGCUGAAAGAUGCAAUCAAUGGAACAACUUAGACCAGAAGAAUUGGUAGGCCUAGUUGCUCGUUCAGCAGAGGGUACAGCUGCCAAAGGUAUGCCAAUAAAAGGACAUGAAGAUCUUUGGGUUGAAAUACAAGCAAACACAUUUAGAAAUUGGGUUAAUGAACAUUUAAAACAUGCUGGUGAUGCUGGUGGUGGACCAGUACUUGAUCUUGCUGAAGAUUUUCGUGAUGGUACACGUUUAUGUGCACUUGUUGAAGUAUUAACAAGACGAAGAUUACCCAGAUGGAAUCCAAGACCAGCUAAUCAGCAUCAUCAUCUUGAAAAUGUAUCAACUGCAUUACAAGCAAUUGAAGCUGAUGGUGUUAAACUUGUCAAUAUUGGUAAUGUUGACAUCGUUAAUGGUAACCUCAAGUUAAUACUUGGCUUGAUAUGGUCCCUCAUUGUCAGAUACCAAAUUGGCAAGUCCAAGUUUCCACCGAGAAAAUUAAUGCUUGCUUGGCUCAAGGCUGCCCUUCCUGAAUGCCGAGUCAAUAAUUUCACAACCGAUUGGAAUUCAGGGGUGCAUUUGAGUGCACUUUUGGAUUAUUGCAAACCUGGAUUGUUCCCCCACUGGCGUCAACUAGAUCGCACUGAUAGUGUUUAUAAUUGUCGAAAAGCAAUGGAAAUAGCUAAACGUGAAUUUGAUAUACCAGUUGUUUUGGAGCCUGAAUAUCUUGCAUCACCAUAUCUUGAUGAAUUAUCAGGUAUGACAUAUCUUUCAUAUUUUAUGAAAGAAGGAUCACCAGGUUUUCAUGCUACCUUGAGGUGGGUGAACUCUCAGUUAACACAUGCACCCGUCCGAAACUUCACGACUGACUGGAAUGAUGGACGGGCACUUUGUAGUAUUGUGAGAAAUCUUGGUGGACCAGCACCAUUGUAUGAUAAAAUAAAUACAGAUAGUUCAUAUUGGGAAUCAAAUUUACAACAGGGUAUUGAUGGAGCUAAAAAAUUAGGAGUUGAAGCAAUAUUAAAAGCUAAAGAUAUGGCUGAUCAAAAUGUUGAACAUCUUGGUGUUAUGGCAUAUGCUGCUAAUUUUCAAUGGGUUAAACCACGGCCCCAAGCUAGUGAACAAAUUGCUGUAUAUAUUGAGAGCACAUCAGCAAGAGUACAACAGCCGGCAACAUUUAGGCUGGAGAUGUUAUCAAAAGAAGCAAAUUCUCGCGAGGUCAGGGCUGAUAUAAUAAGCCCAAGUGGUAAAAUGGAGUGUAGACUAACGUGGAACGGUACACACGGUAAGGGCACCUUCAUGCCGACCGAAGUUGGAAUGCACAAGUUAAUAGUUCACAAUGAUGGAGAACUCGUCAAUGGUUGUCCGUAUUACUUCAGGGUAUUGCCUCCGUUAACAAAAAUCAAAUCACCUGGCAUGGAUCCAUGUGCAAUUGGAUCUAUUGUUGAGGUUCUAGUCAACAGUUACGGAACUAGUCAUGAUGGCAUUGACGUGACUGCCUGGUCUCCAACUGGCAGAUCACUUCCCUGUCCUGUUAAAGAAAAUGGUGGUGUUCAUACAGCAACAUUUCAACCAGAUGAAACUGGAGAAUGGAGUAUUGCAAUUACACACAAAGGCACACAUAUACAAGGUGGUCCAUUUAUUUGUUUUGUAUUUGAUCCAAAUGGUAUUAAACUUGUUGAUACUGAUGGUGCAAUGCCUGGUCAGCCAUUUUCUUUUAUUGUUGAUGCAACAGGAACUGGUGGUUUGGGUGAUGUUAAUAUUGACAUUGUACAUGAUAAACAAUCAGUUCCUUUUCGUAUGGAAGAUAUUGGACAUAUGAAAUAUCGAGUUUCAAUGUUACCACGUGAUGCUGGUAAAUAUCGUGUUUAUCUUUAUUUUAAUGGUGCUGAUGUUCGUGGUUCACCAAUUUCAAUAAGAGUUGGUACACAUAAAAGUAGACGUAGUAAAGAUACAUCUGCUAAUGAAAGAACAGGAAUAUCAUCAAUGGAAAAACGUAUGAAUGGUUUAAAUGUUACUGAUCAUAAUGGAACAAAUCAACAAAAAAGACAACAACAAUCAACUGUCUAUAAAAAUUCACCAAGUCCAACACAAAAUUAUCGUGAUUAUUCAUCACAUCAUCAAUCAACAUAUAAAAAUUCAAAUUAUACAAAUGAAAAUUCAUCAUCUGCUUAUCAUGUACCAAGUCCAUUAAAUACAAGAUCACCAGUACAAAAUUCAAGUCCUUCACUUAUUAAAGAAUCAAGAGAAAUUUAUUCAACAACAUAUAAUCGUUCACGUUCACCAAAUAUUCCACAAAGUAGUCCUGGAUUAAUAAAAGAAUCAAAAGAUAUUUAUGCAUCAAGUUCACUUAAUAGAUCACGAUCACCAAAUACAAAUAACAAUAUUAGAAAUUCACAAAGUACAACAACAAUUAAAGAAUCAAAAGAUAUUUAUCAAUCAAGUAAUUUUAAUUCAUCAAGAUCACCACCAGUUACAAGCCCAGGAGGUUUUAGAAAUUCAAAUGAUAGUCCAAUUAAUAGAAGCUUCAGUCCGAGAGUUAAUGAUAAAGAAUUUGGCAGACGAAAAGAAUCUUUAGAUAAUGGUGUUGUUGAUACAAGCAGUAACGUAAGAGUUUCAUCAAAUUCUGGACCAGCAGGUCCAAGACGGGACUCGUGGGAUGCAAUUGCUAAAACAAAAGCAAUGCUUUCAUAUGGAAGUCUCGAGUCCCUUGCAAAUUUAGCAAACUCUUCCUCAUUAGAACGUACAGAAAAAAAUACAACAAAUGAUAAUAAUAAUUAUCGUAAUGAUUAUAGUAAUUUUGGAUCAACAAAUGUAACUCAUACUGAAAAUUCAACAAAUUAUACUUCACAAAGAUAUACAAAAACAGAUUAUGGAACAUCUACAAAAUAUAAUAGCAAUAGCAACAAUAACAAUGGCUCAAAUGAAAAUCAAAAUGGUCGUGGAUAUACACAUGGUAUAUUAAAAAAUAAAAAUAAUAAUUAUAAAUCAACUGAUGCUACUGAUGCUGUACAUGAAAGAUUUGUAAAUGGUUCAUCAUCAUUUACAUCUAGUCAAGAGCGACGUAAUAAAGGUUCAUCAGCAGCAUCUGGAACAGCUUUAGAUGUACUUCCAGUACAUAAACCAACUUCUUUUACACUUGAUCAAAGUAUUGAUAUUAAUAAAACAACAGUUACUGUAACUGGUCCAAAUGGAAAACAAGUACCCUAUCAAAAAUCAAAUCUUCGUGGUCAAACAUAUACAAUAACAGCUGAUGAAGUUGGUGAGCAUAUUAUUCAAAUUAUGUCAAAUGGACAACACAUAAAAGGCUCUCCAUUUCGAUCACAAGCAUAUGAUGCAAAAGCCAUACAAGUUGAUAACAUCCCUGAUGGGGUCGUUAACCAGCCCGUUGAAUUUGAAAUAAAUGGCUCGAAAGCGGGUUCUGGAAAUUUGGAAAUUCUUGUUAAUGGUGGACAUGUUACAAGUUUCGUAAGGGCACUGGGCAGUCAAAGAUUUCUAGCAUCAUUUGUUCCACAUGAGGCUGUUAGUCAUCUUGUUGAGAUGACAUUUAAUGGCGAAACUGUGCCAGGAUCACCUUGGCGAGUGGGAAUCAUGCCUGGACCGAAAAUGUCAGUUCUUGGAGAGUCGGUCAGGCUGGUACCCGCUGAUAGUCCCGCGUUAUUUGAACUCUCGGCCCUCGGCUUUACCAGCAAAGAAAUUGACGUGCAAAUAAUAACACCAUCAAAACGUCAUGUACCAGCACGUAUUGAGGAAGAGCCGGGUCGACCUGGAGAGUUCCGCGUGGAAUUUACUCCGAAUGAGGUCGGUAGUCAUCUCGUCGAGGUGAGCAUCGCGGGACAAAAGCUACCGGCUGGACCACUUGUCGCCAAGGUCUACAAUAGCAGCCUAAUUAAAGUUACUGAUGUGCCCAGUGCCGUUGUUGGACAUGCAUGUCAAUUUAGAGUUGAUGCAAGUGCCGCGGGAGAAGGACAAUUAGAAAUUUCUAUAAAUGAAGGCGAAGUACCAAAUCACGUACAAGUUGUAGGUGGUGGUCGUUGUCUUGUAUCAUUUACACCAGACAUUGCUAAAUCACAUUCAAUUGAUAUUAAAUUUAAUGGUGAAGCAGUGCCAGGUUGUCCCUUCGUUUGUAAUGUAUCAGAUACAAGCAGAGUUAUUUUAAGUUUAAAUCAUUUAGAGCUUAUUCCGGUUGAUCAACCAGCAAACUUUCACAUGGCUGUUGAUGGUAGCGGAAGCGCCGAGUUAGCAGUCUCAGUAAGAGGACCAACAACAGAGUUACCAGUCAAGGUAACAGGUAAUAUUCACAGUGGAUUCACAGCUGAAUUUACACCAAGAGAUGUUGGAGUACAUUCAAUAAGUGUUGAGUACAAUGGACACCCUGUUAAUGGCACGCCUUUUUUGGCAAAAGCUUUUAAUGCUGAUAAGGUUCUUAUUGGACCUGUUGCAAGGGGUAGUGUUGGACAACCAACACAUUUUACUGUUGAUGCAAGUCAAGCAGGCGAAGGAAAUCUUGAAAUAACAAUAUCGGCCCGCGGCCAAAAUAUUCCCACCCAAGUUACACCCCAAGGUAAUGCAAGGUUUUCAGUAAGCUUUGUACCAUUUGAAGCUUGUGAACAUGUUACAAAUAUUGCAUUCAAUAAAAAAACCGUACCGGGUUGUCCAAUUGUAACGAGGGUGGGUGGUGACAGUCAUGUCACUGUCAGCGGUCAGGCACUUAGUAGCGCUGGCCUCGGACGUCAGAGUCAUUUGACUGUCAGUAACGUUGCCGGUAGCUUGGACGAUUUAGAAGUUAACGUUGAAGGACCCAAUGGACAACCUGUACCAGCACAGGUCACUGACAAUAAAGACACUACCUGCAGCGUUGCAUUUACACCACGUGUUGUUGGUGAACAUAAAAUAACAGUCAGUCAUCGUAAUGUACCAGUUUCUGGAAGUCCAUUCAGUUGUAAAGUUUAUGAUGUAGCUGCAAUCAAGGUGAAGGAUGCUAAACGUGGAGUUAUUGGUGUACCAGUUACUUAUUUAGUGGAAACAAGUCAAGCAGGACCAGGUAAUUUAGAAGUUACUGUUAAUGGAGGAAGAGUACCAACAUCAGCCCAAGCACAAGGUCCACAUACUUAUGCAAUAUCAUUUACACCAAGAGAACCAGUUGUUCAUACAGUAGAUCUUAAAUUUAAUGCUGAAGAUGUUCCAGGAAGUCCAUUUAGUUGUCAAGUAAGCGAUACAGCAAAAGUUUUAAUAACUGAAGGCUUGGAAAAAGUGUCUGUUAAUCGUUUGGCAACAUUUACUAUUGAAGCUGAUGCAUCUUUGGGUAAUCCAAGUGUUGAAGUACUUUCACCAACAAGGGAAAGUAUACCAGUGCAAAUAAAACAAGGAAUUCAUGGAUCUUACACAGCCGGAUUUACGCCAAAAGAUGUCGGUGAUCAUAGUGUUGAAGUUAAAUUGGAUGGAUCUCAUGUUGAGGGAAGUCCAUUCUUGGUCAAGGCAUAUAAUGCGGAUAAAGUUAAAGUAACUGACAUUAAUAGUGGAGUUGUUGGAAAGCCAGUUUUCUUUAGCAUAAAUGCCAGUCAAGCAGGUGCUGGUAAUCUUGAAAUAAUUGUUGCUGUUAAUGGUAAAAAUGUACCAAAUUAUGUACAAAGUGAGGGUAAUGCAAAAUUUCGUGUUAAUUUUAAACCACAAGAAGCAGCUGUUCACAGUUUGAGUGUUAGAUUUAAUGGUGAACCAGUUCCAGGUUCACCAUUUAAUUGUAAAGUUGUUGGUGCAGGUCAAGCAAUGUUAACUGGUAGUAAUUUAAAAAUGGGAGCUGUUAAAAAACAAAUUUCAUUUACUGUUGAUCCUCAAGCACCAUCAACAAAUUGUGAUGUUAUUGUAACACCUCCAUCAAAUAUUGCAUUACCAAUAACAAUUGAACCAAUUGAUGGUAAAUAUAAUAUUAGUUUUACACCAAAUGAAGUUGGUCGUCAUAAUGUCAGUAUACUUGUUGAUGGUGAGCCAAUAAAAGGUUCACCAUUUGCAUGUAAUAUUUAUGAUGUAACAAAAGUUCAUGUGUCUGGUUUAACAGAAGCAAGAUUAGGUCAAGCAACAACAUUUACUGUUGAUGCAGCAGAAGCAGGUGAAGGUACACUUGAACUUGUUGUAAGUACAGAAAAUAAUACAGUAAAAGCUGAAGUUGUUGCUUGUGCAAGAGGUCUUUAUGAUGUUACAUUUGUGCCACAAACAACUAGCACACAUUAUGUUACUAUAUCAUUUAAUGAUGACAAUGUACCAGGUAGUGCUUUCAAAUGUCCAGUUGUUGGUGGUGGUUUAGAUGGUCCAACAGUUAUAAGAGUUGGUAAUACAGCUUAUAUGGAUUUAGAUAUGCCUCAUUUAGAGGGUCCAGUAUCUGCUGAAGUUACUGGACCAGAUGGAAUUAUUAUUCCUUGUACAUUGACAAAAUUAUCAUCAACAUUAUACAGAGUUGAAGUUAGAACAAGACAAGUUGGUAAUUAUAAUGUUAUAUUUAGUGAUGGACAUAAAGUGAUAAGUUCACAGGCUCUUCAAGCAUUUGAUCCAAGCAAAGUUAUUAUUAAAGAAAUAUCAGAUGCAAUUUGUCAUAGACCAGGAACAAUUGUUGUACUUGCACCAAAAGAAGCUGGUCCAGGUAAAUUAACAGCAUCUGUUAAAGCUGGAGGAAUUGACGUUGACAAUGUUGUUCGUGAAGCUGAUAAUGGAAUUCGUGAAGUUAUUUUUCAUCCAACUAAAGCAGCACCUCAUCGUAUUCAUAUUAAAUACAAUGAUGUUCAUAUACAAGGAAGUCCUUUGGAAGUUGCUGUUAGAGGACCAACUGGUGGUCGUGAAGUUACUGCAACUGGACUUGGUCUUUAUCAAUCAUGUGUUGGAAAAGUAACUGCAUUUACUAUUGAAACUCUUGGUCGUUCUGGUAAGGAAUUUGAUGUUGUAAUAAGUGGACCCCAAGGCAAUGCUGUUCCAGUUCGUUGUUAUCAACAUCGAGAUGGCAAUUUACUUGCUGAAUUUACAACAAAUUCUGUUGGGACUUAUAAAAUUGAUGUACUUCAAGGAGCUAAACCAGUAUUGGGCUCACCAUUUUACUGUCAAGCAUUUGAUGUAAAUAAAGUUAAACUUCAAGAACUUGGAUCAACCACAGUUUCUGUGCAUGAUCGUAUAGCAUUUAAGUUAAUUAAAUCUGAUGCUGGAAUUGCUGAUUUGGAUGUGACAGCAACAAGUCCACUUGGACAAGAAUUACCUUUGCAAGUUACUUCAUUAAAUGACGGUGCAGAAAUGAUUGAAUUUUCACCAAGUGUUCCUGGCUCAUACAUGGUGAAUGUAACUUACGGUGGUUUACCGAUACCGGGUAGUCCAGUAGUAUGUACUGUUGAAUCAGCUGGUCAAGCACGAGCAAAAGGAGAAGGUUUAUUAAGUGGUCAUGUUGGAAAACCAGCUAAUUUUAUUGUGACUGGAACAAGAAGUUCACCAGCAGUUCAAGUUGAUGGACCAGAUAGUGUAUCAAAGCCAUCAAUUGAAGCUGGUGCUAAUCCAGGUACUUGGAAUGUUUCAUAUAUACCAAGUGAAAUUGGUGUAUAUGAUGUUAGAGUUGUUUGUGCUGGUCAACAAUUACCAGGAUCACCAUGGCAUCCAAAAAUCAUUGAUACAAGAAAUUUACGUGUUAUUGGUGGUUGGGCAGCAAUUUGUGAUGAAAUGGGACGAUUAAAACUUGGUCCAACAAGUAAUAAAAUAAGUUUUGAUACUGCUGAAGCUGGACCAGGUGAAUUAACAGGAACAAUUGAUGAUCAUCCAAUUAAUUUUGAAAUGACAUCAAAUAAUAGACUGAAAUUUAUUCCUCCACAACUUAAUGGUGGUGAACAUCAUAUGGAAAUAUUAUUUAAUGGUUCACCAUUUCCAGGAGCACCAAAAUUAGCAAUUGUACCAGACAGUGAAUCAUCACAUCAAGAUACAAGUAGAGUUAUGUUAAGAGGAAGAGGUUUAACAUCAGCUAAAGUUGGUGAAGAAGUUAGUUUUACAAUUGAUGGAUCUCAAGCGGGUAGUGGUACACCAAAUGUACAAUUAUUUUCACCAACAACUGAGGUUAAUGUUGUAUUACAACAUCUUGGUGAUCAUGUUUAUCGAGCUAGUUAUAUACCAUUAACAUCUGAAUCAUUAUUAAUGACAGUUUCAUGGAAUGGACGUCAAUUAAAAGGUUGUCCUUUACAAAUUAAUGUUACAAGUGCUGCUGAUGCAUCAAGAGUUAUUUGUUCGGGUGAUGGUUUAAAAAAUGGAAUUGUUGGACAGGAAAUACGCAGUUUUAUUGAUACAAGAAGGGCUGGGCCAGGUGAAUUAACUGCUCAUUGUGUUGGACCACAUAAAGUAGCAUAUUGUGAAUUAUAUGAUCAUGGUGAUGCAACUUUCACACUUAAUGUCAAGCCUCAAGAGUCUGGUAGACACGCCUUAACAAUAAAAUAUGCAGGAGAACAUGUACCUGGCUCACCAUUUACUCUUCGUGUUUCUGGAGCUCCAGAUGCCUCCAAGGUGAGAGUUUAUGGGCCUGGAAUUGAGCAUGGAGUUCUUGCUACAUUUCAAUCAAGAUUUAUUUGCGAUACAAGAGGUGCAGGUGCUGGCCAAUUAACAGUCAGAGUACGAGGUCCAAAAGGAGCUUUUCGUGUUGAGAUGCAAAGAGAAACCCAAAAAGACAGAAUAAUAUUAUGUCGUUUUGAUCCAACUGAGCCCGGGGAUUAUCGAGUUGAAGUUCGUUGGGCUGGAGUACUUGUUCCGGGUUCACCCUUUCCCGUUAGAAUUGUCGACACGCAAGAUGAAUUAAUUUCAUUCACAGGGAACGCAGAUAAUUACUCAACGGGCCAUCAUACAAUAACUUCUUGGCGUGGAUCACAAGCAAUACUCUAGUUGUCAUCAAUUUUACACUUGUUAUUAAUGAAAACAUUUAAAAAUUACGUAAAGGCAUAUUUAAUUAAUUUUAAGCCCUUUUUUUUCAGAUCAUACGUAAAAAAUAAAGAUUUAAAAAUUCAAUUACAAUUAGAACACAAUUUUUUUUUCUUUUUUUUUUCUAAAUCAAUUUAUUAUGAAUAGAAUUGCUUGUAAUAAAAUAGAUAUUAUUAGUAAUAGAAAAAAAAAAUAAUCUCUUCCACUAUUUGCAAUAAUAAUUUAUAGAUUUACGCGUAUACCCCAAGAAUUUUUACGUAAUUUAUAAACUUCCCUUAAUUUAACAAACAUAUUUUAAAUUAUAUAUACAUUAUAUUUCAAAUUUCUAACUUAAAAUAUAUUAAAAAAUGUUUUUAAUAAAACCUAACAUUUGU